AGCAGCUUUCAUUUCACUGAAACUUUUUUUUUUCGUUUCUUUCUUUUUUUUUUCCUUUAAAUAAAUUAAAGGAAGGAAUUUAAUUUAGAUUAUGCUCAAGCUUAAGGUCAGCUUGACAAGUGGAUUUUGUUUUCGUACGUGAGGCAGUUGUAAAUUUUUUUUCGGUGUUUUUAAUCUCUGAAAUUAACCGUUAUAUAUUUUUUUAACUAAGCACUAACGUUUAAAAAUCAAUGAAACUCGGAGGCUUACGUUAAAAUGCCCCUAUUUUAUGUGUUCUUCGAAUCAAGCUUAGUUGUCUUUUCAAACGGUGUUUAGAUUUUAUUCGGUUUGGUGUUUGCAGUGCUCGAGUUUCGAGGAGGAAGAGUACGGCUAGCGGUUUCCCUUUCAGAUCAGAGCACAAUGGAGGGAAAACGACAGGGUUUUGGUACUAAAGUAGAUACUCUUGGUUCUUUUAACUGAACCGCCAUUCUGCGAUUUGAGGUUGGUUGGAUAAGAGCUUAUGAUUAGCUCGUUGUUGCUGAUAUAACCCAUACACUAUGGUUGUGGAUGGAUGGGCCUAGGCCUACUAUAUCUUUGGCAGCCACAACAACCUUGUUGUUAACUUAUAAACUGUCUUGCAUUUUUAAGAAAGCAAGAGGUGAGUAACAACAAAAGAGGAGCGUGAAAAAUGGGGGCAAUUGGUGGGGAAGAGUUAAAGAAGUUGGAGAGGGAGCAGAAGGGGCAAAUGGUAGGUGCUCGUGAGGAGAGGAUUCUGGUUGUGGUGAGGUUGAGGCCUUUGAGCGAGAAGGAAAUUGUAGCAAAUGAAGUUGCCGAUUGGGAGUGCAUCAAUGACAGUACUGUCCUAUAUCGGAACACCCUCCGGGAAGGGUCCACAUUCCCGUCUGCCUAUCAAUUUGAUAGAGUAUUUCGAGGUGACUGCUCAACAAAGCAAGUGUAUGAGGAAGGAGCCAAGGAGAUUGCUCUUUCAGUUGUUAGUGGUAUUAAUUCUAGUAUUUUGGCAUAUGGACAAACUAGCAGUGGGAAGACAUACACCAUGACUGGAAUAACCGAGAAUACUGUUGCAGAUAUAUUUGACUACAUAAACAGACAUGAAGAGAGAGCAUUUGUAUUGAAGUUCUCAGCAAUUGAGAUAUACAAUGAAGCUAUUAGAGACCUCCUAAGCUCAGAUAACACUCAACUUAGGCUCCGUGAUGAUCCUGAGAGAGGAACCAUUGUGGAAAAAGUCACAGAGGAGCUACUGAGGGACUGGAACCAUUUGAAAGAACUCCUUGCAAUCUGUGAUGCUCAAAGAAGGAUAGGAGAGACCUCCUUGAAUGAGAGAAGCUCCAGAUCUCAUCAGAUUAUAAGAUUGACAAUUGAAAGCUCUGCUCGUGAGUUCCUAGGAAAAGAAAAUUCAACCACCCUUUCAGCAAGUGUGAAUUUUGUUGAUUUGGCUGGAAGUGAGCGAGCAUCUCAGGCAUCAUCCACCGGGGCAAGACUGAAAGAGGGUUGCCAUAUAAAUCGCAGUUUACUGACUCUGUCAACUGUUGUUCGCAAGCUAAGUAAAGGCAGACAAGGGCAUAUCAAUUACAGAGAUUCUAAGCUGACACGCAUACUGCAGCCAUGCUUGGGUGGCAAUGCCAGGACUGCCAUCAUAUGUACCUUGAGCCCUGCACGGAGCCAUGUUGAACAAACCAGGAACACUCUUCUGUUUGCUUGUUGUGCAAAAGAAGUUACUACAAAAGCGCAGGUCAACGUGGUCAUGUCUGAUAAGGCCUUAGUUAAGCAUUUACAAAGAGAGGUGGCCAGGUUAGAAAGUGAACUCAAGACUACUGCCCCUUCUCCUCCCUCAAGCGGUGACUAUGCAGCAUUGCUGAGAAAGAAAGAUCUUCAGAUUCAAAAGAUGGAGAAGGAGAUUAGAGAGUUGACUAAGCAACGUGAUCUUGCUCAAUCUCGGAUUGAGGAUUUGCUGAUGAUGAUUGGACAUGAUCAAGAUUCAGGACAAUCGGCAAGGAUCAAUUACCAUCUCAAUCAAAAAGCAGGGGAUGCUUGGGAUGAUGACUAUUCAGCAUCAGAGUCAUCUUGUUUGGCCGAUUCUAAACGAUUGGAUGUGCAAGUUCGAAAAUUUAAUUCAAUCCAUUGUGACGACACAGAGAGUGGGAGUAGUCUUGCAGAGCCCUAUCAUGAGCCUCUGAACAAUCAUGAAGAUCAUUCAAUGUCUGAUGUUACCUCCUCACCUCUGUCAAUUGGAAAGAAGCUUGCUAGAUCGGAUUCUGGGCGAAGUCUAGAUGAGACUCCAGGUGAAACUGCAGAUGAUGAAUACUGCAAAGAAGUUCAAUGUAUUGAGACAGAAGAAUCAGGCAGGGAUAAUAAUUAUGAAUCUCGAGUCUUACAAAAUGGUGAAAGUGAAGGAACAUUGGCAUUGACACUGUAUGGAGAUGGAGAUGUGGCAGGCGAGGAAACAAUGUCUACCCCAAUGAACGGAGGUAGAGAAACAAAUCAUAUUCAAAAUGGUUUUACAUAUGAUGCAUUGGAGCAGAGACUCCAUCAUGUACAGAAGACAAUUGAUUCUCUUGUCCCAGAUGCCCAGGUAGCAGAUUUGUCGAGUUCUAGAAGCCUGAAGUUGAGUAGGAGCUGGAGUUGUAGGGCAGAAGUCAUGGGUGGUACAUCUUUUCCUUAUGCUGACAGAGAACAUAUUGAAAGCACCCCACCCAAUGGGUUGGAGAAAAACUUUCCUGGAAGACCAGAAGGUUGCGGAAAGAAGUUUCCUUCAUUAAAUUAUGGUGCCAAUAAUGGAGUGCUUUCCAGGAAUAAUUCUCAGUCCUCGCUUGGGUGUGCUUCUAUCAAGACUUCUGCAGAUGAGGAUAUUACUAGCAUUCAUACUUUUGUUGCAGGACUGAAGAAGCAACUUGCCAAUGGUCAGGUUCAGGGCACGGGGCUACAAGCAGAUGAGUCUGGAAAGGGUAUGAAAGAUGUAGGACUGGAUCCAGUGCAUGAAGCAUUCGGCACCCCUCUGGAUUGGCCCCUGGAAUUUGAGAGGCAGCAGAGAGCAAUACUUGAACUUUGGCAAGCUUGCAAUGUUUCCUUGGUUCACAGAACAUAUUUCUUCCUGCUCUUUAAAGGUGAUCCAACUGAUUCCAUAUACAUGGAGGUAGAGCUUAGGAGACUUACCUUCCUCAAGGAGACAUUUUCUCAAGGAAAUCAAGCUGUGGAAGAUGGUCGGACUCUCACACUCGCAUCAAGUGUGAGAGAUCUUCGCCGUGAGAGACAAAUGUUGAGCAAGCUGAUGCGUAAAAGGUUUUCAGAAGAAGAGAGACAGAAACUGUAUCACAAAUGGGGCAUCGAGUUGAACUCGAAGCAGAGAAGGCUCCAGCUGGUCAACCAGUUGUGGAGCAAUAACAAGGAUAUGAAUCAUGUCACAGAGAGCGCUGCUAUUGUUGCAAAGCUGAUUAGGUUUGUAGAGCAGGGGCGGGCCCUCAAAGAAAUGUUUGGGCUUAGCUUUACUCCUCCGCGCCCAAGGCGGAGAUCCUACGGUUGGAAAAACAGCAUGGCGUCCCUUUUGUGAGCUUUGUUUAUGCCUAUAUAAACACACGUAUACAGCGUAGAGGUAAUUUCACGAAAAUUAUAGGCCAUAUAGCAUUCUUUUUGCGAUUGAAACUGUAACGGAUUGUGAUGACCAUCGUAGAGUGGUAAAAAAUGUAAAUCUUAACCUGGAACGGUUUAGAGGCCAAGCUGGGAUUGAUGAAAUUGCUUUCUGGUUUCCCAUGUGUCUCUUUACACUCGUGAUAGUCUGUAUUAAUAUCUAGGUGAACUUGGAUCAAGUGGCACGGAUUUUGCAAAUGUGGCUUUCUGGAUUUGCUGUUAGCCUGUUAGGCUUGUUACCAAUUAAUGAAUAGGAUUUGCUUUCUUCUUCUCCUCUGUC